AUGAGACGGGCUCCGAGUCGCGUCGACGAGGAGGAGGAGGAGAGCCAGCGAAGGCCGCGUAGCAGAGAUGAACGAAAGAAAAAAUUGGGAGAAUGUGUGAACGGUGAGCGGACACAUACGUUGGCUCUAUCGAUUCGACAUCGUCAUCGUCGAAGACGAGAGGGACGUUGUUUGGAGGAGGAGGAGGAACGGAUAGAAUAUCAACUUUGA